AUGGUGACGGGCUCGGCGCGGGGCUCCCGCAGCCGGGACCGAUCCGCGCCGUCCGCCCCGGGCUGCCCGGGGGGCGGCGGUGCGGCGGCGGCGGUGCUGGCGGGGCUGUGCGCCCUCUGCUACGGCAACUCCCUGCGGGGCGAGUUCGUGCACGACGACGUCUGGGCCAUCGUGAACAACCCGGACGUGCGGGCGGCCGCCCCCGUGACCGCCGCCUUCGCCAACGACUUCUGGGGCAAGCGCAUGGCCGAGAAUACCAGCCACAAGUCCUACCGGCCCCUCUGCAUCCUCACCUUCAAGCUAAACAUAUUAUUGGCUGGUAUGAAACCCUUCUAUUUCCAUGCAGUGAAUGUAAUUUUACACUGUCUAGUGACUCUUGUGCUGAUGUAUACGUGUGACAAAGCUGUGUUCAAGGACUGUCGACUUGCUUUUGUCACAGCGCUGUUCUUCGCUGUGCAUCCCAUUCACACUGAGGCUGUAACAGGUAUUGUAGGCAGAGCGGAUGUCUUAGCCUGUCUACUCUUUCUGUUGGCUUUUCUCUCCUAUAAUAGGAGCGUGGAUCAGCUCUAUGUUGGGGAACAUUUCCCUCCCACUGCCUCCCCAUUCUUUUUGCUGCUUAGUUUAUUUCUUGGGACGUGUGCAAUGCUGGUGAAAGAAACUGGAGUCACGGUGUUUGGCGUGUGCUUGGUUUAUGACUUCUUUUCCCUCUCCUGCAAUGGACUCAAGCUGAGAAGUGGAGGGGUCCACCAGAGGCCUGCACGGCAGCCCGCGGCCUCUCCGUCAGCCUCGCGGCAGACGCCUCUGUCGGGCAAGGAGAACGGAAAGCACCGCUUUGCUCACCGGGGCACCUGGAACGCCUGCCACCCCGCAGCGCCUGAUGAGCCGCGGUCCAGCGGCCUCUCCGUGCCCAGCAAAGCCAUGUGGGCCAUUCGUAGCUACCUGACUGCAAAUAACAACCAGAAUUUCUUGUAUACUGCAAGGCCAUUUUUAAAGAGAGCUGCUUUGGUGGUAAGCUAUGUGAUUCUCAUUUUGUAUUUCCGCCUCUGGAUAAUGGGAGGAUCCAUGCCAAUGUUUUCAGAACAGGACAAUCCAGCUUCAUUCUCACCAUAUUUACUGACAAGGUUUCUAACUUAUUCCUACCUUCUGGCCUUCAACGCGUGGCUCCUGCUGGCACCCAUAACUCUGUGCUAUGACUGGCAAGUCGGCAGUAUCCCUUUGGUCGAGUCUGUCUGGGAUGCAAGGAACUUGGCCACAGUCUUCCUGGCGCUGGUGCUGAUGCUACUCAGCCUCCACUGUAUAGUUGCAUUCAAGAAACUGGAACACAAAGAAGUUUUGGUUGGCUUGUUGUUCCUGAUUUUCCCGUUCAUCCCAGCCAGCAACCUCUUCUUCAGGGUGGGAUUUGUGGUGGCAGAGCGAGUCCUUUACAUGCCGAGUAUGGGGUACUGCAUUCUUUUUGUCCACGGCCUAAGAAAGCUCUCUACGUGGUUAGAGAAGUGGAGAAUUACUCUUCUGACUCUCUUUGCUUUACUGCUGCUGCUGUUCUCUUGGAAAACCGUGAAACAGAACGAAAUCUGGUUGUCAAGAGAAUCCCUUUUCAGCUCAGGAGUGAAGACUCUACCCCAUAAUGCCAAGGUGCACUACAACUAUGCCAAUUUUCUGAAAGACCAGGGACGUAACGUUGAGGCUAUCUACCACUACAAAACUGCUCUCAAGCUGUACCCUCGUCAUGCAAGUGCUCUCAACAACUUGGGGACAUUGACCAAAGAUGUGGUGGAGGCAAAGGACUAUUACAGACGGGCCCUUCGGUUAAACCCUCAGCACAACCGUGCACUGUUCAAUCUCGGCAACCUGCUCAAGUCCCAAGGGAAGAAGGAGGAGGCUAUAAUCCUACUGAGGGAUUCCAUUAAAUACGGCCCAGAGUUCGCAGACGCGUACUCAAGCCUGGCUUCCCUGUUAGCCGAACAGGAACGACUUAAAGAAGCAGAGGAGGUUUAUAGGGCCGGCAUAGAGAAUUGUCCAGAGAGCUCUGAUCUGCAUAACAACUACGGUGUUUUCCUAGUUGAUACUGGGGCUCCAGAGAGGGCUGUGUCCCACUACAGACAGGCCAUCCACCUGAGUCCAAAUCACCAUGUCGCCAUGGUGAACCUGGGCAGGCUUUACCGCUCUUUGGGUCAGAACAAAGAGGCUGAAGUAUGGUACAAAAGGGCACUGAAGGUAUCCCGGAAAGCUGAAAUCCUGUCCCCCCUUGGGGCUCUGUAUUACAACACUGGGAGGUAUGAAGAAGCUUUGCAGGUUUAUAGAGAAGCUGUAGCACUGCAGCCUUCAAACAAAGAGAUCCGACUGGCGCUGGCCCAGGUUUUGGCAAUGAUGGGGCGGACAAAGGAAGCUGAAAAGAUGACAAACCAUAUACUCUAUGAAGAUGUGGAGUGUCUGGAGUGCUACCGCCUUCUAUCAGCAAUCUACAGCAAGCAGGAGCACUAUGCUAAGGCACUUGAAGUUAUAGAUAAAGCUCUUCAGCUAAAACCAAAGGAUCCAAAAGUCCUAUCAGAGCUCUUUUUCACUAAAGGAAACCAGCUAAGAGAGCAGAAUCUCCUUGACAAGGCUUUUGAGAGCUAUAAACAGGCUGUGGAACUCAACCCAGACCAAGCACAAGCCUGGAUGAACAUGGGAGGCAUUGAACACAUCAAGGGGAACUACGUCACUGCUCGCAGCUACUAUAAGAAAGCUUUACAGCUGGUUCCAAACAGCAAGUUGCUGAAGGAGAAUCUAGCCAAACUGGAUCGAUUAGAGAAGAGGUUACAAGAAGUCCAGGAAAAAGAUCAGACAUAGCAUUCAACCACCAGUAGAAAGAAAGUCGUGUUCCUUGAAGAAGAGUAAGAUGGAAGCCUAAAAGUGACACUGAAGGAACUUUGAUAUGAUUCAGAAUUACGGAAGGCAAAUUUUGGCUGCAUGUUUGUUUGACCAAAGUUACAGGAGACACUCAGCUCAUAUGAUGAGACAUGCUGGAGGAUGAAUAAAAACCUCCCUGUAGCCAAGAUUCAUGUUUAGGUUGAACCCAUCUUAGUCACACAAGUAAUGUGGGUGGGACAUAUACCUUUAAUAUCUUGGUUAUUGCUGGGGAAGCUGUGGAGACAAAGCACUCAUCAACUGCUGUGAAGGUGAAGUAGCACCUGUUGUUACUCAAUGCAGAUUCAACUAGUCCACGUAAAGUACCACUGAUGGGCUAUAUUGCAAGUGCUGCCAGGUCCUUCUGAACCAGGAAGAUGGCCAUAAUGGUCAUAUAAAAGGCUUUCAAGGGGUUAAUGUUGAGGAAAUGGUGGCCACUUUUACAACUCUAAAUGUGACUUGCAAGUAAUCCUAAAGAAAGAGAAAAUUGUGUCUGAAUAUCACCUUAGAAGGAUGAUUCUACAAUUAGGACAAAUGAUCCUUUGAGGAAAAAAUGCAGCUGAAUGUUUUACUCAUAAGAGAGUCAUUUUGUAAUAAUUCAGGUUCACAAUAUCAGUAUUGUUAAAUGUCAUAUGGCUUUACCCUUUGCCCUCUCCCUCCAGGCCAAGUAAUUAUUACUCUGAAAAAGCUGGAAGCAUCCAAAAACAAUGUGAAGCUCUAGAAUUAUUUGUCCUCCUACCCAGUCCCCAGUAAAAAACGAAUAAACAAAAAAACCCAACUAAUCUGAUCAACAUAGGAGGUAAAGUAAAGCCACAGAGAGAUUAAGGAGGAUUUGGUAGGCUGGAAAGGUACUAAGGAGGCUUUUUAUGGGUGUGCAGGGAUGAAGCCCAUUUAUCACGGUGAUAACACUGAUAAAACACAUUGUCAAAGUGUUCUCGCCUCCUCCCCCAAGAGAUGCAGAAAAUGAGCUAUAGCUGAUCAGUCAUAAAUCUAUAUUUUUAAAUACUGAAGUGGGGAAGUGAGUUCUCUUCAGAACUGAGGAUUUUAUUUUUGAGCUUUAUUUAUUUAACUUAUAAUCAAAUAAUUAAUAUAUUUUCUCUGUUAUAUAAGAAUUGGCCAGUGUCCUUCACGGCUGGCCACAUGGCUGGGCAUUGUGACUCAUAUUGUCUGAAGUCAGAAAAUGCAGCACCACCAAGGCAUGCUUCAGUAAUUUGCCCUGGUGGUAUUUCUAAAGCAUAUGGCUGCAAAGUAUGUUGGACCAAACUAUCAUUGCAAUAACAGCACUUCUACUGGCUCCAAUUGAGUUUGCACCAGUUCAGCACAGAAAACAUGAAGGGUUGGUGGGACAGUGCUUGGUGCCACUGUCUUUCGGCUUGGACAGCUGGGUAGGUCAUCAGCUUAUUCCUCUUGUAGCAGGAAACUGCCAUAAAGCUUGUUAUAUUUGAGCUUGAUUUUGCUCACUCUCGACAGAAGGGCAACCCAGAGCUUGCUUAGGAAGAAGCCCACGUGGUGAAAACCCUUGCGGUGCCUGGGCUUAGCCAGUGCUGAUUGGGUGUCUCCUUCACAAGCACCAGGUUCGCUUUAUAAGGGGAGAGAGCCACAUGCUGGUGGCCUCGUUGGAAAAGCUCAGUCCAGAAUCCCAGCCUGUGCCCAUAGCUGACCAGAGAGUGGCUCAUCCAGUCAAUGGGAAGGAGAAGAGAUGGUCAGAGGAGGAAGGCUGGUGCAGACAGGUUCCUGGGCUUUCCCCCUUCAAAUCAACUUCUUUAGUCUCAAGAGAGCAGCUGGGACCACAGCCCAUGCACAUUUUGAGCUAGCAACAGCCUACUUUUCUUUCCAAGUCACGGGCUUGGGCUGGGUCAGCAACCAUUCUGUCACACAACUUUUAUGGCCAUAGACUUACUGACUGGGUUUAUGCAGAGGCCUAGUGCAAGUGCUCUGCUAGGUCCUUCCCAUGGAGCAGUUCUCAGGUGUCCGGCAUUGCACUGCCAAGGCGUUGGCAAUGCUCUGUGGACACAGCAUGGGGAAACCAAAGUUUAAACGGCCUCUGAGAGCUAUCAUUUCCCUGAUGGGCAAUGCAUAAUUAUAGAUGGUUCGUAAUGGAGAUAUUUAGAGGUGCUCAGGCCGUGCUGAACUGCAGGGAAAGUUAGCUGCUUCCGAACUGGGCAUCACAGGUUCCCUGUCAGGGUAUCUCCAUGACAGUGGCAGUAAAAGGCAUCGUACUCACAUAAAGCUCGCUGCCUUUUCCCAAGGAAAGCCUCUCUUCCAGCACUGGCCCCAGCCUACGAUGCUGCGGCAUGGCGGCGAGUUCAGCAGUGGUGGAGCUGCAGUUGGUGCAGACCCUGAGAGCAUCAUUGUACAAAGCCUCCCAUAUAUGGGGCAUAUGCAGAGAGCACGCCUACACCUAGCCAAAGGGGAGGACCGUGGCUCGUUUAAGAAGGUGUACGAGCUGUAAACUUAGUCUCAAGAAAGCAGGUUAAAUAAAGACUAUAUAUUCUACAAGCCACACACCAGUAUGGCUUUAAAUUAUGGCCAAUGAAACAUAUUUUUCAAAUAUAAAAGAAGAUGUAUUUUUUAUAGCAGUGCUUUGGAAGGGAGGUGACUUACUUACUUAGUUUUAUGUUUUCAGUUUUGAUGUAGUUGAGUUUGUGUUUCCUGAGACACCUAGUGCUAAUGGUGAUCUCGUUCUUGUCCUAGAAUCCGAUCAAAGCCAUCUUGACCUCCUAAAACUGAUGCAUAUGCAAUGUAACUGAUGCUUUUAGGUGUCCCUGUGAGCUCCUGGAAAAAGAAUUACCCUUUUUUUGCCAGGCUAGCUUACCUGUGAAAGGAUAUAGGGAAACCAUCCUCCCAGUGAGGGAGGCAGUGUUACUGGAAGGAAUGUCAUAUGUUCACCCAGAAUUAGGCAGGUAAUAUAUCAAUGUAGUUUAAUCCCAAGUAAACUGCAUUAUGUUUGUAUGCUGAAAGGUUGAGUUUCCACAUCUGUGAGCUGGGUUUAUGGUCAUUAUAGGGAGAGGAGGGGUCAUUAAUGAACCCCCCCCAUUCCUGAAGUAGCACUUUAUAGCCCACAUCUAUGCAGGAUGGCAGUCUGCAAACUGGGAAAGUAUUUGGUGAAUGACUCAGGCCACAAGCUACCAAAGUAAUUAAACCCUUGUGAAGAUUUGAGCUCACUCUCUGUCUCAUUGACUUCCAUGCUAAAAUGCUGUGUUUAUCCAGGACAUUAAUCUUGUGAAAAGUUUGCUGUAGGUGAAGAAGAACAAUGCAUUAUAACAUGAGAUGGGUUACCUCCACUGAAAAAAAAAAUGUUAUUGUGAAGAUAAAUAGAGCAAGUUUGCUUGUGAUAAACUGGUUAUUAUCCUAAUUAGUCAUAGGAAAUGGUCUCUUCUUUUAGCAUUACACAGUUCAUCAAAUAACGAGUUCUAAGUACACUGGUUUCUGCUGAGGGCAUGGUGCUCAUGCAUGGUUAGCAGAGAUUACAAAGUAACAAAUGGCUGAUGCUCUGUGUAGUGGCAACGGGGCUCAUUCUGUGUUGAAAUGGCAUUGGCUAAACCUCAACAGUUGUGUGGAUGCUCAGCAAUAUUAAAGUGGAGAAUUAAGACAAAGCUGGUUAGAGAGGACUCUUGUGUAAUUACUAUUCAUUUCAAUCAUAAAUAAAAAACAAAAUAACUGUGUUGCUUUUUCCCUUCUUUAUGAAUAAUAUUUUCAGCUGAUGUAUUUUGUUUUAUUUUCUUGCUUAUUUAAAGUCCAGUAUUCUUUGCUUCCAUUCCUUUUCCAUCCCUCAAGAUAAAUGAUGCAAUGCGGGGAAAUUUUAGGUCUCUUGUAUAUUCUUUGGAUUAGCUUUUCCUAAAAAUGUGCAGGCAAGUUGUUUUGACCAAGCAGGGAGUGAAUGCAGGAGUGAAAAUGGUCUUUAUUCCAGAGCUCUGAAUGAGGAUGGGGUGUGUGUGCGUGCAUGCGCGUGGGUGUGCGUGCAUGCUAAGUCAAGCGCUCCACAGUACAGAGCCUAACUUGCAGGGGAGGCUGGACAUACAUACCUGGCACUGUCUAAAACUCACAAAAGCUUCUCAACACGUAUGGAAAGCAAGCCAAAUAUGGUGCACUCUGUUUGCUGAAAGAAGACAAUUAUCAUUCUAAUUUUAAUAAUUAGUACAACUGAUGAGAAUUUAAUUGUUAUGAUCCCUUUCCCCACUUGUCCUCCAGCUCGGUGAAACAGUUGGCAUGUGCUGAAGUCUCCUCAAACUGUAUGUGCAUUAAAUUGACCAAGUGUUCAAUUUCUGUUUUUCACACAUGAAAUUAUGUACAAUCUUUGGAAAAAAUCUAGCCCUUAGAGGUUUUUUUCCCCCCCUUUCUCUUGUAGCAGUUUUAAAAUGUCCUAUUUUGCUUUCAUGUACAUUUAAACCCAGCAGAAAAAAAAAAAAAAGAAAAAAAAAAGAAAAAAGAAAAAAAGAAAAUUGUGCUUGGCAUUCACUAGUGUCUCAAUGUGGCAAAGUUGUGUCAGACUAUCUUGAUAACUUUGUGCAAAAGUUCAUUGCCAUAUUUGUACUGACUUGCUGAAAAUUCUUUUCUGGGAAGUAGCCCCAAUGGUAUCCUCUGUAAAAGUUAUGACUUCUACAAGUAUAUUACUGUAGAAAUCUCUGCCUGAAGUGGAUGUCAUGCUGCGUGUUCCUAUCACAUGGGAGUUUUUGCAUUGGCUGUUGUUCGAAUGGUUCUUAUUUAUGUACCUAAUUUUUUUAAUGAGUUGUGCAUAUCUUUUUUAAAAAAAGACCAAGGAAACAACCCAUGGAUUUGAAAUCUUUCAAAAAUAAAUUCACACUUAGUAGCAGCUGGAUGUAUGUCAGUGGUAAAGGAAUUUUCAAAGUCUGCUUUUUCACUGUGGGAUUUAUGGAUAGAUUAUGCUCGAAGUCUUUGCAAAAGAAAAUGUAUGUAAAUGUCUAUUUUAUAUAAAAUGUAAGAAAAAUAA